AUGUUCUACAAUAUUAUCGACUCGGAGCGCCGAGCCGGGGAUUCUGCAACAGUCACAAACCCCAGGACCAAUGAAGCCCUCUGGGAUGUGCCAGUCGCACAUGAGACGCAACUUAACUUCGCAGUCGAAGCUGCAAGGGUGUCAUUUAAAUCAUGGAAGCUCUUAUCUGUCGGGGAAAGACAAAGGUACCUACUGAAGCUAGCCGAUGAGCUAGAACAGCGAAGAAAUGAAAUACAUGCCCCUUUGGCAGGGGAGACCGGAAAAUCGGUAACAGAGACCUUCCAUGUUGUGAGUAUCAGAAGUGUUGCUCAUAAACUUCUCAGAACCUCCUCGCAGACAUGGAGAUUAACGAUACUUUGGCCCACAUCAGAUUUAAUGGUAUCAUCUCAGUCAUUGCCUGAUAAAGUUGAUUACGAAAACGAUAAGCUCAAGAUCGUGUCAACGCAUCAUCCUAUAGGAGUGGUGGGUGCGAUUUGUCCUUGGAAUUUUCCGCUCUUGUUAGCUGUCGCCAAGGUUUCUGCAGCGCUCGUCAUGGGAAACUGCAUCAUUGUCAAACCAUCGCCAUCCACCCCAUGUGCCACUUUGAAAUUCGCUGAGCUUGCGACAUCAGUGCUUCCGCGGGGUGUCCUCCAGGCGCUUAAUGGAGAUGACGACAUUGGAAGACUCAUUAGUAUUCAUCCAGGCAUAGACAAGAUUAGUUUCACCGGAUCCAUUGCGACUGGGAAAAAGGUAGCGGAAAGCGCAGCCAAGACUCUAAAACGAGUGACACUCGAGCUUGGUGGAAACGACGGAAGUAUCAUCUGCCCGGACGUUGAUGUCAAAACCGUUGCUGCUAAGGUUGCUGCGGGAGUUUUCCUCCAUUCGGGGCAAAUGUGCGUUGGUACAAAAAGGGUUUAUGUGCACGAGGCUAUUUUCCAAGAAUUCCGGGACUCUUUCGUGGAGGCAGUCAAGCAAAUCAAAAUCGACCUUUCUGGUGACCAGUCACCUAUGUUCAGUCCCAUCCAGAAUGAGGUACAGUACAAAGUGGUUAAGGAUGCCAUCGCGGAUUGCAAGAAAAACAACUACACUUUGCUUUGUGGGGGAAGCACCGACGAGCACCCAGGGUUUUUCAUCGCACCCGUCGUUGUGGAUCAACCGCCACAUGAUUCCCAGAUCGUCCAAAUGGAACAGUUUGGUCCUGUCAUUCCGCUUAUGAAGUGGUCUGCUGAGGAUGAAUUGAUUUCGAACGUCAAUGGGACAGAUACUGGCUUAGGGGGCUGCGUCUGGGCGGAAGAUGUUGCCAAGGCGGAGCGCAUUGCGCGGAGACUCGAAGUUGGAACAGUAUGGAUCAAUAGCGCUGAAGACCCCAACCCACAUGGCUACCUUUCUGGUUGGAAGCAGAGUGGGAUUGGAGGCGAGUGGGGAAGGCAGGGCUUAAUGUCCUACUCUCACACACAGAUAAUUCAGCUGCGCAAGUAG